AUGGAAAUACAAGCCCUCUUAAACAAGGACGAUGAUGGGAAAAAGAUACAUCUAAUCGAAAAGAAAGUAUUAUUGCAGCGUGACGGCAACAAGUGGAUGGUAGAAGAUAAGACUAGAUUGAAAGAGCUAAAGCGGACGGAUUCCGAUUGCUGGUUUUCUUUAGAUAAAGAGAUAAUAGAGACGAUGAAACUGAACAAUCAACAGGAAAGCUGGACUCUCCAAUGUACUCGUUCUGACUUGGUAAUCGAGCUGAAGUCUUGGAUAGAAAAACUUCGGAACAGUCGAUGUAAAAGCUGGGAAAGAAAUGAGUCACUACUUAUGAGUGGCUAUAUAUGCAACAUGCUAUCAAAAAAUAGUAUUAUGCAUUCCUUGUACGAGAAAUUAUGGGGGGCUGACUAUGGGAAACUUCUAUACGGGCCUUUGAUGGAUACUCCAGAGUCACGGGAACUCUCAGGAUUGGUAAAGGAGAUUGACGUUGAGGGCAACCCUGAUCACUUGCGGCGACUUUGCAUAGCUGGUCAGCGUGCAGUUAUGUUAGCGGAGGUCAUAGGCGUCAACAAGUUUAUGCAAAUUAAGUCGGCCACGCAGGCAUUUAAAAACUUUACUGAACAGACUUGGGAAUUAUUCAUGUGUUACAUCACCGGGAAACAAAACGAGGACGUUUUUUACGUUAUGCUACACGAGUCGUUAUCGCAAGAUUCAUCCUCCGAUCCAAUUAUAUAUAUCUUAAACAAUGAGCACGAACUAUAUAUAAACAGUAAAGGUGAACACAAACGUAUAUCAGCUUCUUAUCCAUGCAGGAAUUUUAUGAGAUUCAACUCAGCAAGCGGUAAUACGCCCGAACGCAUCAAGGCACAGCCCGAACACAUCAAGGCCGCUCAAAACAGUAAGCCCGAACGCAUCAAGGCUCAAGAAACCACUUGCCUGUAG